UAUCAAAAUAUCUUGGACCACCAUCUAAAAUACGCCGACCUGAUUUCUUAAAAACACCUGAAUAUUAUCAAGGAUUAGAGCUUGACAUUCCAUAUUAUGAUUAUGGUUUUGCAAUCGAGGUACAAGGCGUACAGCACGAAAAAUAUCACGAAUACUUUCACGGAGGAGAUCCCAAUAAUUUGAUCAAACAACAAGCACGGGAUCAACUCAAGAAAGAAUUAUGCGAAAAGAAUCAGAUUGCCCUAAGGUAUGUUUGGUAUUACGAAGACCCAUUUUCAAACAACGAUAAAAAAUUCACGUGUACGUUAUAA